GAGGAAAAGCCUGGAGAGGACGAAAAAAGUCGGCAACAAGAAGGACCCCACCGCGAAAGCCGAGGAGCAAAGAACGAGAGCCGGUAACAGCAAUACGUCGUACAACGGCUCAAAGGACAGUAUCAGCCCGACGGAGAAAGCAAGAAUGAUGCCCAACAGCAGCCCGGGUGGCAGUUUGGAAAGACAAGGGAGGUUAACGGAAGGUAGCCCGAGACUAGAAAGGAAAGGUAGUCUGAGGUCGAGAGGAGAUAGCCCGCGGGGUACGAUAGAGAGGAACGAAAAGCUCGCGUCCGGCGAGAGUACCACGAGAUCUAAGGACGGCAGCCCGGCCAGGUCGCUGGAGAGGAGGGGGUCGGGAAGUAAGAACGUCCCCCUCCACGGUCACCACAACCCCCUGUUUGAGAAGCAGUGGCAGGAUGGAGAGGCUUCGCCGGGAUCGCCCACCAAGGGGGGGUAUGAAGGGGAGGGGACACAGAAGCCUGCCAGGAUGGUGAACAUGCUGAACGGAACGGCAGUAACGGCAUGAGCCCAGUGUCGCCGGUGUUUGUACAAAAGGAUCAGUUGCAGAACCUACCCCCUGACAUGGCAGUUCUGGAGAAGGAGAGGUCCCACAUGAUGGGGAAGGUCCAGGUCCUCACACGCAGGAUCUCUGAGAUCGAUGAGCAGAUGGAGGAGGCCAUGAGCGAGCUUGAGAUGGAGAGAGCCUUACUGGAGGGGGAGCACCAGUCUGAGAGGGAAGAACUACACCAUGAAGAACAACUCAUGGCCUCCCUCAAGUCCAGACAGGGGGACCUGGACGUCAGCGCAGAGAGUGAGAAACUCAAGAGGAGGAAGAAGGCUGUAGUUUCCUCACUGCAUGAUGGCCCAAAGGGUAAGAAGUCGGUGGAGGAGAAGCGACGUCAGCUGGAGCUGGUGAGGAAAAAGUACGAGGACACGCGCCAGCUACUGGAGAGAUGUCUGCCCAGUGAGCAGGACAGACUCAUGCAGCAGUACAAAAAGGAGAAGGAGUGUCUGGAGUACGAGCAGAAGUCGUUUGAGGACCUGGAGUUUCAGCAGCUGGAGUUGGAGAGUAAGGUGGAGGAGGAGAAGGAGGUCGUGCAACAACAACUCCUGGAGGAGGAGCAGCAACUUCAGGACCAGAUCCAGACCAGAAAGCAACGGCUGUUCCAGCUGGAGAGACAGCUGAAGGAAACCAUGCGCCAGUCACAGCAGGAGACAGCACGGCUGGACGAGGAAAGGAACAUCUACCUGGAACAGCUGCAACAGGCAAGAGAGCAGCUGGCUGAGGUGGAGAAGAGAUACUACAGCGUGUCUGGCAAGUCUCCCGCCCCGGGUCCCAAAUCUCCCAACAACAACAACCUCAGUAGCCCCAUCAGACACAGGUCCAACUCUGAGAAGCAGAACCAGCAGGCGCCCAAUGGCUCGGCGGCGUCCCCUGCGCCUGAGGACAUGCUGAGCCCCUCCCAUCGUGAGAUGGACACCACGCCCAAGUCCAGUAAGAGUCUUCCCAGGGACGCCUUCCGCAGACAGGUACAGGUGGACGUGCACAGGUCACAGAACGAACAAGUUUGGGAGGCUAUCCGGCGUCAGAAGGAGAUGAACCCAGGCCAGCCUGCCCAGCCGGACGCCUGGAGCAUGUCCAGUGUGGAGAGUGUGGAGACUGUUAACUCUACCAACUGUUCCAUCAGCUCACCCGAGAAGGACUUGUCAGGGCAUGACCUGGAGAAGUUGGUUGAACUGGAAGCAAUGCUGGCAGAAGCUCAAGCCAAGAAGGAAAGGCUGUUAGUGGAGAAACAGAGACACAGAGCUGCCAAAGCCGCGGCGCUAGCUCUCGCCAACGGCUCCAAGUCCAAGAUGAACGGCAGCAAGCUUCCCACCAUCGAGCCGGCCAACCGGACGGACCCGUCGCCCAUGGCAACACCAAUCACCAGCCCCGUACGAGCUUCCGAUCACACCCCCGCUUCCGGUACCCCCUCGAGUGUAGGGGGGGGUCUGACGCCUGACGUGGUGAGCCCCACAAGUCCGGACGUAGUUGGUUCCCCUCCGGAAGUGAAACUGAGAGACAAGUCUUCCCUGGUGUCCCCAGAGGUGAGACAGAAAGUCCCUACUAAGAAGUCAGUGCGGGUUGUACAACCGGAGCCAGACAGUUCUGGCUUGCCGCCGGCCUCGGGGAGAACACUACCCAUGUACUCCCGUAAUUCACGACCCAUGACGCGGUACCUUCCGCAGACGAGCAAAGACUUCGAUCUCCGCACGCACAUUGAGUCCGGCGGCCACAGCCUGGACCUCUGUCCGCACGUCGCCGUCACCAAGACCAGCUGCCGAGGCUUCCUGGUCAAGAUGGGCGGACGCAUCAAGACCUGGCGCAAGAGGUGGUUCGUCUUCGACCGCACUUCUCAGACGUUCAUGUACUACCCCGACCGGCACGAGAGGCGCGCCAAGGGGGGCAUGAGCUUCAAGACGAUACAGGACGUUUACAUCGACCACCUGUGCCCGUUCAAGAGUCCCAACCGUACGCUGACGUUCUGUCUGAAGACGACUCACAGAGUGUACUACCUGGUGGCACCGUCGGCUGAAGCCAUGAGAAUAUGGAUCGACGUGAUAGUAACCGGUGCGGAGGGCUACCUCACGUUUACUAAGUGAGCGUAAUAUCACCCUAGACACCCUCGUUCACUUUUAUAUCACCAGGUUGUAGCUCAAAUCACUCAUUUUUAUAAGUUGUGCCAUCUUUUCCAAAACUGUUCCAACUUCAAUUUUCAUGUAGAGCGACUUUUACGAGGCUUAAUAUCAACACUUGUUGUAAAGAAGUUGGAGUAAGCUUCUUGAUACAACAGUUACAAAGAAGUUGACUGCAAAAAUUCUUAAGGUUUUCUUACGGUACAGGGUUACGCAGGAGGACAUUCACUUCUUGUUAAUAUCGACGGAGAAGAAAGCUACAUCUGAGUUUGAGCUUGAAUGAAAGUAACAGCUCAUAGAUGCAAGGUAUGGAAUAAGGGUAUGUCUGCUUGUUGAGCGAUGCAUAAUAGCACUGUAUGCUGUUGAAAUUGAAGGAGUAGAGGUGGCUGGAAGUAAAGCUGUACAGGAAGGAACUAUUGUACAGGGGGGCUUGUAUAUCUAAGGUGUGCUGCUAGCCUUUUUAACAAACAUUUCAUCUGUGCGUUGGUGACGGUGGGACUCGCAAUGUGCCAGAAAAAAAAAUACAGUCUUUGUAGCAUUACAAGACAAAGAAUAGGUCUUGACAAACACAAAUUCUUUCAAAGAAAAGAUAUUUUACUAUUCUAUAUAAACUUCCAACAACUACAACAAAAUACAGUGACAUGGUUGAAGUACAUGUUACUUUUUCUAGAUAUUUCUCCAAGCGUCUCCCUGCAAAAAAAGGGGGAUUUUUGAUGAUGUUUUUACAUGUUCUGUGCAAUGAUACUAUUUGGUGUUCGUCACCUGAUUUUAGUUUCACGAAAGAAUUGGUCGUUUAGUAUUUUUUAGUCGUAUGAAUAUAGGAAUUGCUUUUUAUCACGUUUAAGUCACUGUUUUUAAAGGUAGUUAUUUACAAAGAGUAUUUCAGUGCUUGUUACCGUUGUCAUAUAGACUCAUACCAUUAAAUGCCAGUACAAUUGUAAUAAGUUGUAUUUGUGUAUUGUACGUGUAUCUACAAAAAAAAAAAACUAAUGACUCGAAAAUACAAACAAUACUAAUGUUAUUUAUCACCUGAACUAAUAGACAAGUUUAAGUAAUAUUUUUAUACAGUCAGAACUGCCUCUUUCUCUAUAAGCUACCACCUGUAUGUUUGUAUUGCGUUCUUAACCAUACGUCGUGCCAUGAUAGUAGAUAAGAAACGUUACAUUUUGUAAAAGAAGACUUUUUUGAAUGGUGCCUCUGUUGCAAUAACUCAGUGCUAAAGCUCUAACAGUAGGGAAAAUCAUGUGGUGCUGGUUUUGAACUAUUUUUGACCCAAAAUGCAUAACAAUAACCAUUGCUAGAAUGAUUUUCAUGUGUAUACUGCCUCUCGUGCCCAAAAGCGUUUGAAAUUCAAACAGGUUUUCUGUCAUAAAUAUGUAAUGAUGCUUCCACACAGUACAUGUGUAUGUAUGUUCUACAGUCGAAAGGCACUUUUAUGUUUUUUAUCAAGAAUUAUUUUAAUGCACAUAUUAUAGCUUACCUUCGCAAGCUUUAUUUAGUGCUCACUGGGAACAGUUUCCAGUGGACUGGACAUGUGAACUCUAUGAGGGUAUUUGUGAAAGGGAGUGUACACGAAGUAUCUUUUUCUUGGAAGGUUGAACAGGAGUUAAAACUAGAAGAAAAGGUUGAUUUCACCUGAAUGAUAGGAGUUUGUUUCUUUUUGGAACAGAUAUGAGCGAAGUGGUGAAAUGUUAGUGCAUCGAAGGUGGCGGUUGCGUGUCCGGAGCUCACUCUUGCCAUAUAUACGUACGCAUAUUAUACAUAUUAUAUAUCCUACCGCUGAGCACUGUACACUGUGACUUUGUAGUGGGCUUUGUAAAAAGGAAUUAUUUACCAUUCAUUAUUAUAAGGCUUAUGCAAUUGUACAAUUUGACAUGACAUCAACUAAAUCAACUAAUAAAAUCACAAAGGGA